UCGCCGCGCUAACUGACCGCCGCCGUAGCGGCGGCGCGCCGAUCGACGAGAGGCCCCCCUCCGGCCGCGGCAUUGUGCGCCAGCUAUCACGCGGAGACGGCAAGAUGAGCAUGAUCGACGUGCUGACCCGGGUGGACGCCAUCUGCAAGAAGUACGAGAGGUACGACGCCGACAAGCACCGGAACGACGCCGCCGACCCCUUCUCGCGGCUCUACGCCGACAUGGACGCGGUGAUCGACGAAGCCAUCGAGAAGUCGGAGCGGGCCGCGAGGGAGACGAACCGGGCGGCGGCGGUGACCCUCAACGCCGGCGUGCGGCGCACGAAGGUGCAGCUCGCGGAGGAUGUGGUCAAGCUCCAGAAGCUAGUCGGCAAGAAGAUGAAAGGGGUUUCGCGGGAGGAGAUGGCGCUGCGACCCGAUCUGGUAUCGGCAUUGCAACAGAGGAUCCAAUCGAUCCCCGACGGUGGCGGCGCGGCCGAUCAGAACGGCGCCGGGAACGCUCGGCCGGGGCUCAAGUUCGACUCUUCAGCUGAAACUUUGGACGAGGGCUACUUCCAGACCAGCGAGGAAUCAGAGGCUUUCAGAAAGGAGUACGAGAUGCGCCGGAUCAAACAGGAUGAAGGGCUGGACUUCAUUUCUGAAGGCCUGGACACGCUGAAAAACCUGGCAGAGGACAUGGGUGAGGAACUGGACAGGCAGGUUCCUCUGAUGGACGAAAUUGACAGAAAGGUCGACAAGGCUAACACAGAGCUAAGGAAGACCAAUGUCAGGCUUAAAGAGACAGUCAACCAGUUUCGAUCGACCACCAACUUCACAGUAGAUAUCAUACUGAUCUGCAUCAUUCUUGGCAUCGGUGCUUACCUCUACAACGUGCUCGCCAAGUGAAUCUUCGGCAGAUGGUGGCAUCAGAAAUUUAGCAUGCUCUGUUGAGUAAAAUUAUCAGUUGUAAAACUACUCUAUUUUAUCAUUAGGAGUUACUACUACCAGGCAGCAACGACUGGUACUUUUCUGCAUUGUUCCUAGGCAGGCUUGACAAGAUCAUUACUACUGUAUUAUUUUUGCAAAGGACAAACAUAAGACAAGAAUUUUGGGAUGGAGAGUAUUUAUCAUCAUGUUCUGCGCAGAAAAGAUCUACCGUGUUAGCAAAACAAAUAUACAUGCUCAGACAGUAAAAAUAAGGGUUAAUUGGAUAAAUGCCACUCAAAUUCUGGGGAUUCUAAGAAAAGGAACACGAGAUAACCCAUAAAUUGCGAGCGUGGUGAUCUAUUAUGGAUCCAUUUUGACACAACGUAUACAACAAUUCCAAAAAAUCCCUGCCACACAACACAAGAUAGAUUUGCAACAUAGCAACCUACAUAAGCAUGCCAGUCAAACUCUACUUUCUACUUUGUUGCCUAGGUGCCUGACAAGCGCAUGUUUAAAAUACAAGACCCGAGGAACAAAUAUCAUUUUUUGUGAAACACAA